AUUUUGUGGGGACGAAGCGCUGGCUGGCCUGCUUUUGGAUCCCUUGCUGCUUUGGUUUGCCUAUCGGGCUUCCUAGCAGCGGCCUAGCGGAAAAAAAUAAGAAAAGAUGUCUGAAUAUAUUCGGGUAACGGAAGAUGAGAAUGACGAACCCAUUGAAAUACCGUCAGAAGACGAUGGGACGGUGCUGCUAUCCACAGUUACAGCCCAGUUUCCAGGGGCAUGUGGGCUGCGCUACAGGAAUCCAGUGUCUCAAUGUAUGAGAGGUGUCCGACUGGUAGAAGGAAUUCUGCAUGCCCCUGAUGCUGGUUGGGGGAAUCUGGUAUAUGUUGUGAACUAUCCCAAAGAUAACAAAAGAAAAAUGGAUGAGACAGAUGCUUCAUCAGCAGUGAAGGUGAAAAGAGCAGUCCAGAAAACAUCUGAUUUAAUCGUGUUGGGUCUCCCAUGGAAAACAACUGAACAGGAUCUAAAGGAAUAUUUUAGUACCUUUGGUGAAGUUCUUAUGGUGCAGCAAAGCCUAGAUGAGCCUUUGAGAAGCAGAAAGGUGUUUGUUGGGCGUUGUACCGAGGACAUGACUGCUGACGAGCUGCGGCAGUUCUUUUGUCAGUAUGGAGAAGUGGUAGAUGUCUUCAUUCCCAAACCGUUCAGGGCUUUUGCCUUUGUUACAUUUGCUGAUGAUCAGGUUGCCCAGUCUCUUUGUGGAGAGGACUUGAUCAUUAAAGGAAUCAGCGUCCAUAUAUCCAAUGCGGAACCUAAGCACAAUAGCAAUAGACAGUUAGAAAGAAGUGGAAGAUUUGGUGGUACUCCAGGUGGCUUUGGGAAUCAGGGUGGAUUUGGUAAUAGUAGAGGGGGUGGAGCUGGCUUGGGAAACAAUCAAGGUAGUAAUAUGGGUGGCGGGAUGAACUUUGGUGCUUUCAGCAUUAAUCCAGCAAUGAUGGCCGCAGCCCAGGCAGCGCUGCAGAGCAGUUGGGGUAUGAUGGGCAUGUUAGCCAGUCAGCAGAACCAGUCGGGCCCAUCAGGUAAUAACCAAAGCCAAGGCAACAUGCAGAGAGAGCCAAAUCAGGCCUUUGGCUCUGGAAAUAACUCUUAUAGUGGUUCUAAUUCUGGUGCAGCGAUUGGUUGGGGAUCAGCAUCAAAUGCAGGGUCAGGCAGUGGUUUUAACGGAGGCUUUGGCUCAAGCAUGGAUUCCAAAUCUUCUGGCUGGGGAAUGUAGACUGGGUUGUGGCUGGUUGGUACAGAAUGGUGGGAAUUCAAAUUUUUCUAAACUCAUGGUAAGUAUAUUGUAAAAUACAUAUGUGCUAAGAAUUUUCAAAAUUGGUUUGUUCAGUGUGGAGUAUAUUCAGCAGUAUUUUUGACAUUUUUCUUUAGAAAAAGAGGAAGAGCUAAAGGAAUUUUAUAAGUUUUGUUAUAUGAAGGGUUGAAAUAUUGAGUGGUUGGAAGUGAACUGCUGUUUGCCUGAUUGGUAAACCAACAACACUACAAUUGAUAUCAAACGGUUUCUCCUGUAAUAAUUUAUCCCUGGACUUGUCAAGUGAAUUCUUUGCAUGUUCAAAAUGGAAACCAUUGAUUAGAACUACAUUCUUUUCUCCUUGUUUUAAUUUGAACCCCACCAUAUGGAUUUUUUCCUUAAGAAAUUCUCCUUUUGGGAGAUCAUGGUGUCACAGUGUUUGGUUCUUUUGUUUUUGUUUUUUUAACACUUGUCUCCCCUCAUAUACAAAAGUACAAUAUGAAGCCUUCAUUUAAUCUCUGCAGUUCAUCUCAUUUCAAAUGUUUAUGGAAGAAGCACUUCAUUGAAAGUAGUGCUGUAAAUAUUCUGCCAUAGGAAUACUUCUGUCUACAUGCUUUCUCAUUCAAGAACUCGUCAUCACGCAUCACAGGCUGCGUCUUUGACGGUGGGUGUCCCAUUUUUAUCCGCUACUCUUUAUUUCAUGGAGUCGUAUCAACGCUAUGAACGCAAGGCUGUGAUAUGGAACCAGAAGGCUGUUUGAACUUUUGAAACCUUGUGUGGGAUUGAUGGUGGUGCCGAGGCAUGAAAGGCUAGUAUGAGCGAGAAAAGGAGAGAGCGCGUGCAGAGACUUGGUGGUGCAUAAGGGAUAUUUUUUAACUUGGCGAGAUGUGUCUCUCGAUCCUGUGGCUUUGGUGAGAGCGUGUGCAGAGAGCAAUGAUAGCAAAUAAUGUACGAAUGUUUUUUGCAUUCAAAGGACAUCCACAUCUGUUGGAAGACUUUAAGUGAGUUUUGUUCUUAGAUAACCCAUAAUAGCUGAAUGUGUUAAGUGAAACGAUACUUGUAUUUCCCCUACCCCUUUGUCAACUGCUGUGAAUGCUGUAUGGUGUGUGUUCUCUUCUGUUACUGAUAUGUAAGUGUGGUAAUGUGAACUGAAGCUGGUGGGUUGAGAACAUGGACCGAGCUUGUGGUGUGCUUUGCAGGAGUACUUGGAAGCAGAGUUCACCAGUGAGCUCAGGUGUCUCAAAGAAGGGUGGAAGUUCUAAUGUCUGUUAGCUACCCAUAAGAAUGCUGUUUGCUGCAGUUCUGUGUCCUGUGCUUGGAUGCUUUUUAUAAGAGUUGUCAAUGUUGGAAAUUCUUAAAUAAAACUGAUUUAAAUAAUA